AUGUUUACUAGGACCGUUGCCGCUCUCGCUCUUGUGGCCGUCACUCUGGCUGCUCCUUCACAGCCUUCCUACGGAUAUGCUCCUCCCGCAACAUAUGAUGCUCCUGCCAAGUACGACUUUAACUACGCUGUUAAAGACGACUAUUCAGGAAACGACUUCGGUCACCAGGAGGCCCGUGACGGAUAUGACACUCAGGGUUCCUACUACGUCCUGCUUCCCGACGGUCGUCUGCAGAAGGUGACCUAUACUGUCAACGGCGACUCCGGUUAUAUCACAGAGGUCAGCUACAAGAGUGAGGCCCAGUACCCUGAGUACAAGCCUGCUCCUGCCUACAAGCCUGCCCCUACCUACAAGCCUGCCCCUGCCUACAAUCCCGCUCCUACCUAUGCCUAA